AUGAAAGAAAAAUUAUUCUUUAUUUCUGAAUCAUAUAAACUUCUUUGUUCACCACAAAGAUCAUUACUUGAUCAGAAUUAUCUUAAAACAUUACCACAUCAUUUAUUUGGUUCUUGGGAAAUAGAGAAAAGAAAACGACCAUAUUUUUCUAUUGUUAUACAACGAUUAUUAGAAUGUGUACCUAAUCGUUUAUAUGUUAAAAGUGCGUUUCUUUUGAAACAUUUCAAAAGUCCUGAUAUUAUUAUUUGUUUGAAUACUAAACAACAACCACAAAUUAUUCCAAAUGGAAUGAUGAAAAGUAUUGGUUAUUUUGAUGAGAAUGAUAAUGAAUGUUCAUUGUAUGCACUUCAAGUACUUAGUGAAGAAGAAGUGUGUGUAAAUGAACCAUUUCGACCACUUGGUUUAUUCUAUUCAAAAGCUUAUCAACUACAAAAAUUAAAAUAUAUACCUGUUAUUAUCUAUCCAAAUGAUUCUUUACAUCAAGUAAAAACAACUAAAGAAGUAUUUGAAUGGAUUGUGCAACGUGCACAAACAACAGAAUUAUUAACUUUAUCAUAA